AGAGGGUGAGGGGAAGUCCUCCGAUCAGAGUUCACCAGAAAUGUCUGUUUCGGGACACAUACAGGAAGAUAGAAGGCACUAAAGUUUGUAGCCAGUGAGGAGGGAGGUGUGAGGAGACGCUGACAGCUCUGCUAUCCAGGAGAAUCAUUAACUAGAGAGUGUGCCAAUUUCUCCUCCACCCUGUACAGGCCAGGACGUGAGCCCGGGGUAGGGAGUAGAGGGGGAUCUCGCUCUCUGUCUCCCUCGCAAGACAAGUCUUCUCACUUGGUGUUGUGUUCCAGGCAGAGGUCUGUGCGGGGCUGCGGGCUGUGUAUGUGUGUAAACAGUGCUCAUUAGGGAUAUCAGGAGGCUCAACUCCACCAGGAUGACACACAACAGGUUCUGUCACAAUCCAGACACCCAGCCGGGAGAGAGUUACACCUGACAUCGAGAUCACUGCUAAGGUGACACCAUACAGAUCCUGACCGAUCCACCAUAAUAAAGAUCUUCAAAUGAAGGAUGAAUCCUGGCUUCCAUAUUGGAUUUUCAGACUAUGUGACCAAUUUCAGUCCCAAUGGCCAAAACUCACAAUUCCCUUGUCCAGGAUAUGAACUGGAUCCUUUGGUCCAGAAUGCACAGGCUUAUCCUGGUGGGUAUGGACCUCCAGCUUUUGGAUUUGAACCUACCCCAUCGCGUCCUACUAGCGCACCACCAUACUAUCACAUGACUAGUACUUUGGCACCACAUCACAUGACCGGCAGUCUGGAACCCCAUCACAUGACUGGCACAAUGGCUGGCAAUGAAAUGUUUGGCACACCGGCACCCCAUUACAUGGCAGGCAGUCCAGCAAUCUAUCACAUGACCACCACCCCUGCACCCCAUCAAAUGUCCGGCACGCCAGAACCCCAUCACAUGAUCGCCACAUGGGCACCCCAUCUCAUGACCAGUACAACAGAGCCUCAUCAUCACAUAACCAGCACAGCAGCUCUCCCACCUACCUAUGGAUUCAUAACAAACAACCAUAUGGAAGAGCAACAGUCGUGGUACCCAGAGGGUCCUCUUCCCUCCAUGGACAGCUAUGACCCAACCGCAGAGCCAGAGCUACAAAAUCCUGCAAGUCUCGAUGGAUUCAAAAUCGGUUUUGAAAAUUUUGGGGAUUUCUCUCACGUGGAUCCUGCCAUCCAUUAUCACCAGAUUGACUGCCCCAGCGGUGCCUUUCUCACACCAACCAUUGGUGGACGAAAGCUGGUGAGAAGUCAGACUCUGAGAGAGGAUGCCUGGUGGGGUGAUGAGGGUGAACGACAGACAAGAAGAUCCUCCAUGUAUGACAUCCAGCCCAGAGCUCCCAAUUAUUACCGCCAAUCUCAGAUAACUGACUGGAAAAUUCAAAUCCUGGAAACGUCCUCAGAUAGAAAUACAGCGUUCAUUGCGUUCUGUGAGACCGUAAAACUUAUACGAAGCAAAUUCAGUGCGGCAGACACUGCUUCGAAUUCUGGCAGAUUGUGGAGUGUUGCCAUUCCCUUUCCGGAUGAGGUGGAAGAUUCUGAGGUGGAAAUUUCUGUCUAUGUGGAAAAUCUCCAGGCUCCCCUCUUGCUUCUUCAUAGAGACACAGUGCGGGUAGAAGAACUAAUUUCUGAUAUUCUCCAUAAAUUGUCCAAAUCUGGCUCUUCUCUGUACCCGUCUCUACACAUGCCGGAUUACAUUCCUCAGACUCAAUAUUACCUGGACCGGAAUCCAGCACCUAAUCUGCAACCACCAUCACAGAGCAUGUACCCAGUCCUGGACUCUCUGCUACAGACACAGGAAUCUCUGCCGGACCCCAAAAGGAAAGCUGGCUUUCUUCAGAUCUGUGGCCGGGAUGAUUAUCUACAGAGCGGAUUCAGCUUGCGGAGUCAUUGGAAUCUCUGGAGAUUGUCCCGUAUUCAGCUCCAGCUCCAUCAUGGAGGGGAUGACUCUCCUCCACUCGCCCGAUCCGUUGAAGAUGAUUUGAAGCAGCUGGAGCUCAGUGACCGACAGGAACAUUCGCAGUACUGGACAGAGCUUGGAAAGAGACUCCGCAGUGUCAUCUGCCAAUAUGAGGAGAGAGUGCUACAUUUCCUCUAUGACCAGCACACUGGCAUUGAAGGUCUUCUUGGAGCCGUGAAGGAAAUCUGUUACCUUCUCCGCUCGGUGGAAACCAAAGAGAUCAGUGAUGGCCUGCAGAAUGUGCGCGCUGCUUGUUACCGGCCAAAUCAGAUCUGGACUAUGUUACCACAGGGGAAGACUCCGGCACAGGACGCAGUGACCGCAGUCUCCCUCGCUAUCUCCAGUCUCAUCAGUAUCUACAGCCGCAGUUUCUGUACAGAUUUCCAGGUGGCAUCUCCCGAUGAGCCGAAGUGGACAGUGGGGACACAAGAUCACCUGACCUUCCACCUGUACGCGGUACACAACCUGCCCGGUAACUGGACGACCAGUCAGGAUUCCGACUUCUAUAUCUCAUGUUCGGUGACAUACAGUGGGAGGAAAAUCUGCCCUGAAAUCAGAUCUCACAAUAUGAAGGCCAGACAAUCACUCUUCUCCAGACUUGUGUGGGACGAAGUGGUGACAUUUCCGCUCCUGGUGGCAGCUCUGCCGUAUGAAACGAUGCUGGUGCUGAGAUUGUAUGCGGUGACUGACACUUGCAACACCUUCCUGGCCUGGUCUUGUCUGCCACUCUACUCCACCAAGCAAAUGGUUCAGGGUUUUCUUCUGAUAAAUAUGAUAUCUCACGCCGAACCACCACCUGCCAUCACCCCAGGAGCCUUUGAUGUCACCCUGCCCACACUCGUCACCAUACAGGUUGAUUUCCCACAGACAGUGCACACAUUUUGCAGACCCACCGCAGACAAGUCCAACAUUAGCGUGGCAUUUCAGGAUCCGACUCAUCAGAUGGAAAUCCUGGCGCAACGUGGCUCUGUGCUCUUGCUCUCUGAAACAGAUAAACAAUGUUUGUGGCAUUACCGCCACUGUGUAAACAAGCUGGCAGGUAACAUUUCAUUGCUGCUGGGCAGUGCACCUGGUUGGGAUCCCCCAACUAUAUCCACCAUGUAUCGACUGCUGCAAGACUGGAGCUUCUCCGAUCCGCUAGAGGGCCUGAGCCUACUGAGCCCCUGCUUCUCAGAUGGAAACAUUCGUGAUGCGGCCUGUCGGCAGAUCGGGAAGAUGUCAGAUGACGAAUUGCUGGAAUUCCUGCCACAACUCAUUCAGGCAGUAAAGUUUGAUUGGUGCCUAGACAGCAGUCUGGUGAAGCUCCUCCUUGAGCGAUCACUGCAGUCUGUCCAGAUCGCCCACAGAUUAUUCUGGCUGUUAACAGAUGCUACAAAUGAAUCUCAUUAUAGACGCUUGUAUCAGACGUUGCUGGCUGCACUCCAAUUCUGUAUUGGGAGUGCCCUAAACGCUGAAUUCUCCAGAGAGACUAAAAUGAUGGGAAUUCUACAGAAAACCGCUGAGAGGGUCAAGAACGCCCCAGAGGAGAAAAGACAGGAAACUCUGAAGUUGGGUCUGAACGAUCUGGAUCGGUUUUUUGAAGAGGUAAAAUUUUGUCACCUCCCUCUGGAUCCAGCCAUCGUUGUUAAAGGAAUCAACAGAGAGCAAUGUACUUACUUCAAAUCCAACGCCAGACCACUGAAGAUCACCUUCCUGAAUGCCGAUAGCCGAGGGCCGGAUAUCCACCUCAUACACAAGACAGGAGAUGACAUCCGGCAGGACAUGCUAAUCCUCCAGAUCAUCAAUCUCAUGGACAGAAUCUGGCUUUAUGAAGGGCUGGACCUGAGGAUGGUGACAUAUCGGUGUUUAUCCACUGGCAGAAAACAAGGUCUGAUUCAGAUGGUCCCAGAUUCCACAACCCUUGCUAAGAUUCAGAACACCGGCGGUCUUUUUGGUCCCUUAAAGGAUACAUCAAUGAAGAAAUGGUUUGGAAUUAAUAAGACGGCCGCAGAUAAUUUCCUGUAUUCCUGUGCCGGCUGGUGUGUCGCCACCUUCAUCCUGGGGAUCUGUGACCGCCACAAUGACAACAUAAUGCUGACAGGCACGGGUCACAUGUUCCACAUUGAUUUUGGGAAGAUUUUGGGCAAUGCACAGAUGUUUGGGAAGGUAAAAAGAGACCGGGCACCGUUCAUCUUCACCAGUGAAAUGGAAAACUUCAUCACAGAGGGGGGGAAGAGCUCGCAGCGCGCUCAGGAGUUUGUGGAUCUCUGCUGCUGUGCAUACAAUAUCAUCCGAAGACACAGCGCCUUACUGAUCACUACCCUGGAGCUGAUGCUGCAGGCUGGUCUUGACGAAUUAUCUGGCAUUCAUGAUCUGAAGUAUGUCCAUGACAACCUACGUCCAUAUGACUCUGAUCUACAAGCAACAAAUUAUUUUACAAGCAAGAUUACAGAGAGUCUGCAGUGUGUUUCUGUGAAGUUAAAUUUCUUGAUCCAUGCAUUCGCAAACAUGACCCCAGGGGACGCGGCAAAACUAGCUGGACAGUCAACCCCAUCCCUGUCGAAAUUUGUCCGGAAAACGGCAGCGAAGGGCUUAAAGAAGAUCUAUAAAAUGAGUGAGCGAAUUCUGACAGAAUUCAAAGCACCCAUAAACAUUGAGCCAACUGGUGCAGUAGGUGGUGAGCGUGGGAUUCAGAUUCAAUUCUCCUUCUCUCCUCCCAUAUUCUCCAUCCACCUUAAGCAUCUCCGAAAUAUUUAUUUAUCAGAUGGCUCCACCACCACUGCCAGUGUCACCAUCUCCCUCUUGUAUCAGAACUUGGAAAUAUCCAGAGAGGAAGUCAAAUCCUCAGCCAGAUCCCAAGCUCCAACCUUCAACAAACUGGUGCAGUUCUCAGUGGGGCAUUUGGAUGGUCAUGUGAUAAAGUUCCAGGUGAAGAGUAAAGAGGCUUCUCUGGGGGAGCUGUUUGUCUCAUUGAGCACUGUCCCACUAAACAAGGAUGUCUGGUAUAGCCUGGGAGGUUGACUCAACACAUCUGCAGCUUCAGGAAUAAGGGGGAUGGAUCUGACGAAUUAUAUUUAUAUGGGUAGUGGCCAACACCUAAUGGAGUAAUUGCUAUCAGAUGGUGCCAUUCUUGUCAUUUGGCAACAGUAAAAAAAAAAUAUUAUCAUGGAUGCACCUGGUUAUUAUGGAAUUACUGAUAUUUCAGUGUUUGCCCAAAUAUGAUGAUUGAGUCAUAGUAUCUGGCCCUUUAGGAAUAGGACCAUAUUAGGUCUGGCCAGGAUGAUGAGGUCGGGUGGCUUCCUUCAUCAAUAGAAUUUUGGUGCUGCUGAGUAGCUGGAUGAGGAGGGGACGGAGCUCAGCAAGUUAUAGGAGAAUCGUGUCUGAUGUGUGAGCUCCAAUAUCCACCACCACUCCUGCCACAGCACGCUGCACAGGAAUAUUAAAAUCAUGUACUGACUACAAAAUACUUUUACAGAUUACAAUUAUGGAUGUGAUUUAUCAUUGAAUGAAUAAAUUAUUUUGUCAUUUA